CCUCCCGCGAAGCCUGAGAAACGGGGGAAGGGGGAAGGGCGAAGAGGAGGAGGGAAAAGAGAAGGAGGAGGAGGAAGUCUUUUCCCGCUUGGAACGCCGGAUUAGGAGCAGAAGGCUGGGACACAGCCUCUCUGCCGGCUUGGAUCGUGAGGAAGAAGGGCGGGUGGCGGCGGGUUUGGAGACGCGCCUUUUCCAGGUAGAGGAGGCUUUGCUUCGCGUCCGGGGGUCCAGCGGACAGCUGUCCCCUCCUCUACCCUCUCUCACGGCCUUGGCUCUGUCUCCCCACCUCCACUCCCCCUUAGUCAGGGACAGGAGCCCGCAGCUUAGCUUGGACUGAAAGAGAAGGCGACUGGGAUCGGCUCCGUUUCUUCUGCAUUCCGGCUUGCAGCGCUUUUACGCAACUCUCUGGAGGAAAAGCAAGGGCGCAGGAGAGAGAAAGACCUGGGAGCGGGACGGGGGAGCUCAGACCCCCCUCCCUGUUCCGCCCAGGAGCCAGUCCUUUAGGGAGGGGGCGGCGAACGGGAGCCGUCGAUGACCGCAGGACUGCUGCGCGCUCCUUCCUCUCGACCCCCUCCUCCUCCUCCUGCCGAGGCCGAGGCUUUUCCGAUGUCGACAGCCUCCGACAAGGCGCAGCAGCAGCAGCUGGGAGCAGUCAUGGAAUCGGCGUCGUCCACCACCUCCUCGACCCCCAGCAGUAGCAGCAGCGGCGGGGGCGGCAGCGGAGGAGGAGGCAGCGGCGGCACCAAAGCAAAGAAGUCCAACGCGGGCAUCCGACGGCCGGAGAAGCCGCCUUACUCCUACAUCGCCUUGAUUGUCAUGGCUAUCCAGAGCUCGCCGUCCAAGCGCCUGACGCUGAGCGAGAUCUACCAGUUCCUGCAGAGCCGCUUCCCGUUCUUCCGCGGCUCGUACCAGGGCUGGAAGAACUCGGUGCGCCACAACCUCUCGCUCAACGAAUGCUUCAUCAAGCUGCCCAAAGGGCUGGGCCGGCCGGGCAAGGGCCACUACUGGACCAUCGACCCGGCCAGCGAGUUCAUGUUCGAAGAAGGCUCCUUCCGACGGAGGCCCCGCGGCUUCAGGCGGAAAUGCCAGGCCCUCAAACCCAUGUACAGCAUGAUGAACUUGAAUUUCAACCACCUCCCGGACAGCUACGGCUUCCAGGGGCCCUCUUGCCCGCCAAACAGCCUCCCCUUAGACGGCGGCGCCCUGGGCAUGAUGAACGUCGACGGCAUGGGACUGGCCGGCCACUCCGUACCCCACUUGUCCUCCAACGGAGCGCACCAUUCCUAUAUGGGGAGCUGUGGAGGUGGAGGUGGAGGAGGCUCCGCCGGAGGGGACUACGGUCACCACGACGGCUCGGUGCCCGCCUCGCCCCUGCUCCCCGGAGGUGGCGUGAUGGAGCCCCACUCCGUCUAUUCCAGCACGGCGCCGUCCGCUUGGGCGCCCUCCGCAGCGCCGGGUUUGAACAGCGGAGCUUCCUACAUCAAACAGCAGCCUCUGUCGCCUUGCAAUCCGGCAGGGAACCCGCUCUCGUCGGGCUUGUCCACGCACUCCCUGGAGCAACCUUACUUGCACCAAAACAGUCACAACACGGCAGAACUACAAGGAAUCCGGUACCAUUCUCAAUCUCCAAGCAUGUGUGACCGGAAAGAAUUUGUGUUCUCCAUCAACGCCAUGGCGUCAUCUUCCAUGCAUUCAGGAGGUAGCGGCUCUUACUACCAUCAGCAAGUUACAUACCAAGACAUCAAACCUUGCGUGAUGUGACAGUAGGGCUGGGGAGCCGAGCUUUCUUGGAGGGGCAGCCAAUCCCCAAAGAUCCAAGUGAAAACUGUAUAGAACUGUGGAACUUCCUUCUACAAGCCCCUUUAGGAGCCAAAGAACCUCCCCAGAAGCUAGACUGAUAGUUGCUCAUGAGGUAUAUGAAUAUUCAAAACAUCUACAGAGAAGAACACGCUGUUCUCAAGGAAGCCUUGAAGAGGAGCAAAGAUGCGUUGUGUGUGCUUUUUUUUUGUAGGGGAAGGUGAAGCACAAUGUCAAAACACUAAGUACUCAAUUGUCCUUUCAUCUUGGGUCUCAGUACAUUCAGAACAGUGAUUUGGUAAAAAUUCCAAAAACCACUUUGUGGUUUCCUCCCCACUCCCGCUUUAAAAAAGGAAUAGGAUUCAAAUGAACUCUGCUUUUUAAAAAUAUAUCCUACCCCCAAAUUUUCUACAAUUUUAAAUGAUCAUUAAUGAAAAUGGAUUCUAAAAUUUGAGGGUCAGGGAUCUGCUGUACAAAGUAAAGCAGCACAAAUAACGCAGACAGCGAUGGUGAACGACAGUCAUUUUCAUGUGGUGUCCAUCACUGGGUCCUUCAUUCAGCAACCAGAAUUGGCUUCCAGUUGUAACCUCUCUUCUUAUAUUUUAGGGACUGAGCAUGAAAUAUACAUAUGGCUCAUUGUUUAUUUGACCUCUGAUUCAGGGCAAUGGCAGACUCUCCAGACAUCUGAGUGAGUGCUGAGAUGGUGCUCUUCCCAUAUCUUCUUUCCUAGAUCGUAAUUGUGCGUUGAGUUUCCAAAGCCUUCUCUACCUUCAGGUGUUGGUGGGGAUUUGAAAAACAGGAUCAGAUACACACACACACAAACACACAGGAAAUGCAACAGUAGAACUGAGGAUGUUGGGCUGGGUGCUCAAUCACACGAUCCUGUAGAAAUCACCCCACUUCUUUUUGACCGUACCCAAGCCUAUUUUAAAUAGUAAAGUACCAAAUUACAAAGAAAAAGCACUUUGAGAAAUAAAGGUUAAAAAUGGAAACGAUUAACAAGGCUCACGCUUUUAUUUAUUCAACAUUUUAAUAAAACACAACAGCAGCCUUGGUCAAUCAGUAUUAAAGUGGUUAAUGUGUUGGCAAUAUUUGCCGUAGGGACUGUGUGAAAUAACCAUCGUUAAUGUCAAAAGCAGCAGCAUGGCAAAGCAAUUUUCUCUAUGUUUUAUAUAUAAUUAUAUAUUAUAUAUAUAAAAAUAUAAAUAUGAAGGACGCUUUUGUCAUUUCCUCCCCCUCCCCCCUUUUGCCUGACUGUACAGUUCGGUGGCACACCUAUUUUAAGUUUCAUUCUGCACUGUAUAAAAGUGUAAUGACAGUGGAAGGGGUUUUAGACCCCCUGCUUUUGUGUACGUUUGUCCUUUUAAAAAAAAUGGAAUGCAAAUAAAAAAAAUGUAUGGUAUUCAUACACAGCCUUCACAAAUUGUAUAACCAGUAAAUAAAUCAUCGUGUGGCAUAGA